AGGCUGGGAAUCCACCACCCAUGUGAUGACGUCACGGGGCUCUGACAAGCUGGUGGUGCCGGAAGAAAAGAUGGCGGAUCAUGAGGAGCAGCUAUCCGACGAGGAGAAGGUACGCAUAGCAGCUAACUUUGUCAUCCACGCCCCGCCAGGAGAGUUCAACGAAGUUUUCAAUGAUGUGCGAUUGCUGCUCAACAAUGACAAUCUUCUCAGGGAAGGUGCAGCGCAUGCGUUUGCACAGUACAACUUGGACCAGUUUACCCCGGUGAAGAUCGAGGGCUACGAAGAGCAGGUCUUAAUCACAGAGCAUGGAGACCUGGGGAACGGCCGGGUCCUGGACCCCAAGAACAAGAUCUCCUUCAAGUUCGACCACCUGAGGAAGGAGGCGAGCGACCCGCGGCCCCACGACGUGGACGGCUCCCUGGAGGGCUGGAGGAGCGCCGUGGACUCGGCCGUCAGGGCCUACGUCAAGGAGCACUACCCCAACGGAGUCUGCACCAUUUACGGCAAAACCAUCGACGGACAUCAAACCAUCAUCGUGUGCAUCGAGUGCCAUCAGUUUCAACCAAAAAACUUCUGGAAUGGACGCUGGAGGUCAGAAUGGAAAUUCACCGUGUCCCCCUCCUCCACUCAAGUGGCAGGCAUCAUGAAAAUCCAGGUUCAUUACUAUGAAGACGGCAACGUUCAGCUGGUGAGCCACAAAGAGGUCCAGGAGUCAAUGUCAAUUUCUAACGAGGCGUCAACUGCGAAGGAGUUUGUGAAGAUCAUGGAGGCUGCAGAGAACGAUUAUCAGACGGCCAUCAACGAGAAUUACCAGACCAUGUCGGACACUACCUUCAAAGCCUUACGCCGCCAGCUUCCUGUGACGCGCACCAAGAUCGACUGGAACAAGAUCCUGAGCUACAAGAUCGGCAAAGAGAUGCAGAACGCUUAAAAAAAACAAAGCAGCAGAGAACAUAACAGCCCCCUCCUCCUCCCCCUACCUCCACCUCCACCCAAACAAACGUUGCAUGACUGGAUAGAUGUAUCGUCUUUGUACAGAAAAUUAGAGAAACUGGGACAAAGAGAGGUUUUCUGGGUCUCGCAGCCCGCCGUCACGUUACACAUUGGAUGUUAUUGUUUGUUUUUAUACAGACACGUCUGUAUACUGAUGAAGGAAAUCUCACAUAGGAAAAAAGGGGGCACUUGUAUGCAAAAAGAUCCUUAUAAAAUAUCACGUGUGCAAUAUUUACUGUCAGUGAGACCUUUUUUAAUUUGACCUGCUGAGAAAAAACGAUUUGGGAGAAUUCUGAACAAAGACUCCCUUCACUUCACGGUUAAUGUCAAUAAAAAAAAGUGUGUUUAUUGAAUGGUAUACACACGCAGUCACAAAAUCAAUGUUCUUGUCCCUUAAUUUUGGUACUCCCUCCUCCCCCCCCCCCCUCACUGUUUGUCCUAUAAUCGAGAAGCAGCGCUCCUGGCUAAAAUUAGCCUUUUUUCAUUUGGUCAGUGACUACUUAACAAGCUUAAUUAACACCAGUCGCUAAGUAAUGUGCAUAAUGUCCAAUUUACAAUAAAAUCAGAACGUAUCACAUUCUCCUCCAGUGCUUAUUUUUAUUAAAACAGAAAACAGAACCUGACUGUAUUAUAUAACAAGGCACAUUGUAAUAUAUACCUGUAUGAAACAUCCUGUCUGUCAGUUUGGUGAUUUAUUUCCAUGAGAUUAAUUGUAAUUCAGUCACAAUUAUGUUGCAUUAAAUGACAAAUUUUCUA